AUGUCACAGAAACUCGUUGCAAUAAAAAAGAUUGAAAUCAAUGAAGCACGUCGCUCUCGAUCACGAAAAGCAGUGGUGCGCGAAGCAGACAUAUUAAGGACGCUGGAUAAUUACCAUAUCGUGAAAUGCUAUGAAUGGUUUAUGGACUUGAAGGGCCAUCACAUGAACAUGGUGUUGGAAUAUUGCAAUGGUGGGACAUUACAAGACCGCAUACUUAGUGCCCAGCAAUCCAAAACCAUGUUUGAAUCAUCCACUAUAUUAACAUGGACAACACAAAUCACAUCAGCAGUUAAAUAUAUUCAUGAGCGGAGGAUUCUGCAUCGAGAUUUAAAAUCAGAGAAUGUUUUCCUUGUUAAAAAUGACGAUGUGGUGAAACUUGGAGACUUUGGAAUCUCCAAAGAAAUUGACCACACCCUUGAUAAAGCGAGCACCUGCGUUGGAACUCCUUGCUAUCUAAGUCCAGAGUUGUGCCAGGAUAUUCCAUACAGCUUUAAAUCAGACAUUUGGGCGCUUGGGUGCCUCUUGUUCGAGAUGUGCGCACUUGCACCAGCGUUUGAUGCGGCAAACCUGAUCAGUCUUUUCUAUAAAAUCGUAAACGGGAAAUACGCUGACUUACCCCCUAAUUGCUCUCCUGAAUUAAAAGCACUUGUCGGCCAAAUACUGAACAAAAACCCAGAGGAUCGUCCCACUGCAGCCCAGUUACUAAAACUACCCAUCCUACUGCAGUACGCGGAUAAAAUACGAACUCAAACACCUGAGCCCUCAGCUGAGGGGAACGUUAAUGUAAAAAAGGUUGAGAACCACACCGAACUUGACUUUGACAUGGAUGAUUUGGAUGCUCUGUUAAAAGCAAGUGAGGAAUCUAUACAGAAGUCUCCGUCCCCUGAAAUAGUGAACACGGCGCGAUCGAUAUCCGUUCACGCAACUUACACGAACGAUAUUGACGGCGAAAACGAAAAUGAUCGGCCGCAAACGUGUCCGCACUCAGCUGUCCGUCGCGUGGAGCCGAACAUGACAGAUACCGUGGCAACCUGGUCAGGGUACGGUGACCGUGGCUCGCGCCACGCCAGCGGUCAUUACCAUUCGCUGUCAAGUUCAAGUGACGAUGAAUCAGAUUUUAAUUCGAACCAGUUUAAACGGAACAGAAAUAUUCAUCAUAGAUCAUAUUCUUCGGAUGAGUUUUCCUCGUGUUCUGAUGAUGAACUGAACACUUCAAGGAAAGCAAACGACGAUGAAAUACCCGAGAUGAUUGAGGUUUGCGAGGACAUAGAAACAUCAUUAAACUCGCCCAAGAAAGUAAAAGAAUCGAAACCAGUGGGGCGGAACUUACCAGGAAGUGCGUGGCUACAAUCUAAACGAGCGCAGGUUCUUCGAUUAAAACAAGAGCAAGAGCAUCACCCAGUGGUGAUAAGUAGAGUUCAACGACGACCAAGUGAUUGUAGUAACCAUAGUAACCAGGAUAAGCGACCAACCGUGAAAGUGACGUCACGAGCGAGUCCGGAGAUGCAGGUGACGAAGAUCAGAAAGCAGAGACUUCCCGGCAGCUCCUGGUUAAAGAGGAGUUCCGAGAGCAGUUCUGAUGAUGUGAUUCUUGGCGAUCCCGCAUCCAAGCAGGAGGAUGGGAGGACAAGGAGGAAGAAGCUCCCAGGAAGUGGUUGGUUGUUGGGGAAGAGCAAACAGGAGGUUAUCGCAAGGAGUUCAGGUAAGAAACCAAACACCCAGAAGAAUUUGGUUCUUGAAAGUUUCAGCAGCAACAAUGAAAGUAGUUCACCAGAUAAAAACUAUUCAAGUGAUGUUGAAUACCCUGACGAUUUUGAAGAUUAUGACGAUGAUUUUGAUCCAGAUGAUGAUGACCUUGACACAACACGAACGUUAACAAGUCGCGUCUCUUCCCUCGAACUUGUUAAACAAGGAUGUAUCGACACCGUGGGUGCAGACACUUACCACCAACUCAGUGAGAUGUUCAGCAGAGGUUUCAGUAUUGGGGAGGUUUAUGAUAAAUAUAAACAUAAAGUUGACUUUGAAACACUGGAGACUUGCUACCUUCUACUUAACUGAGCAUGGUGUUAAUCCAUUAAUAAGGUGUACACCAUGAUAGAAUCCAUGAACCCUAGAUGUAUCUGAAUAUAUUGUACAACUUUUAGACAUACUUUCUGCAAAUGCAGCACAAAAUUUACCUUCAAAAUGUUUUUCUGUAUUUUUUACAAUUUUUGAUAUUUUAUGAAGUGUAUAAGGUUAUACAUCUAUUUAUGUCAUACAAGUUACCAUAGGCGCCAACUUUUAUGAAUUCCAGGGUGGACAAUGAUAGUAAAGCACACAAUCCGUUGAAAUUUCAACCUAUUAUUUGUAAUGUUUACUAAUGUAGGGUUUAUUAUAUUAUUUUGUUGUAUUAUUAUUGCUGUAAUGCAGAUAUGUGUUGCACAACACAACUAUUUCUAUUCAUUUUCCUACACUGUUGCAUUGGGAUGAUAAUUUUAUCAAUUAAAGUGACAAAAAUGGUCUGUAAUAUGGUAUGUACUUAUGUAAUGUUGUAAGCUUAAGUGAUUAUAAGCAAUUUAUUUCAUAUAUUUGAUCUGUAUACCUUAGUAAUAGUAGAUUCAUAUAAUUAGCUGUUUAUAUUUACUGUGAAUAUUCCUGUGUUUGCGCCAGCAAUACCUGUAUGAUUUACCAGAUUUAUAAGAUUUCUAUGAGAGCAUGGCACUGUGUGAAAACUAAAUCUUCCUUUUUGAGCAAAAUUUUUUCCCUGCCUUGGUUGUUUCAUGCAGUGGCUUCAAAUAAACAAUCCAGACAUUAA